ACUUUGCCAACCAAGUCCUUUUGCCUUUUGGGGUCCUCGCCGCCUUUCUCUUCUCUUUCCUCUUGUCUCGCACUCUCUCUUUGACAACUUCGCCGUUUUUUUUUGCUUGCCUUGAGCCCAAUUCGCCCGCCAUGUCUAAGACGUACUCUUUCCAGGAUGUUGCCGAGCACAACACCAAGAAGGACCUCUUCGUCGUGAUCCACGAAAAGGUCUACGACUGCACCAAGUUUGUCGAUGAGCACCCUGGUGGUGAGGAGGUCUUGCUCGAUGUCGCCGGCCAGGAUGCCACCGAGGCUUUCGAGGAUGUCGGCCACAGCGACGAGGCCCGUGAGUCUCUCGCCGCUCUGAUUGUCGGUGACCUGAAGCGCGAGGCCGGCGACCCUGUCCCCCAGGUCACUUCCAGCAGCGUCCCUUCCAUCAAGUCUUCCCCCAGCAGCAGCAACGGCGGCUUUGGCCUCUACAGCGUUGUUGCCAUUGGCGGUCUCAUCGCCUACUUCGCCUACCAGUACAUCCAGGCCAAUGCCGAGCAGGUUCAGGCUGCUGCCGCCUAAUCGCAUCCUAUUCAUGAUUGGGUUUCAACAAAAAAUAUAAAAUUUUAAAAUAAAAGAGGAGAAAAAAAAGGAGGAUCAUGCCCGGGCUUUCGCUUCAGCGCACGAGUCCUCAAUAAGACGAGACGGAUGAAUGUGUCGCUGGGGAGAGGAUUUGUGUCAUGUUGCCUUUUUCACGCAAGCAAUUCACACCGGGGAACGGAUCUGGGAUAUUUUUGUUAAGCGUGACAGUAUAGAUGGCGUGCUGUCUCCAAGUAUAUUCGGGCACUAGACCAUUGGGAGUCAUUGUUACAGGGAUGAACUAGAUGAUGCCUUUGACGGAAAAUAUACAGGGCUAGAUAUCUACGAUAAUCAAUGUUUUUUUGGUUGAC